AUCGUUGCCGUGUUUAUCGCUCCUAAGGGUUCCAAAAAAAUCUGAUAGAAGACCAGCCUUAUAGUGCAUAAUCACUGCCUCUGCAGAUUGGCCACUGUUUGAUGUUUGGUAGGGAGAGUGUGUGGCAACGCCAGCGGCUGCCGGAGAGAGAGUGUGUGAGGGAGAGAGAGAGAGAGAGAGAGAUAGAGAGAGAGAGAGAGAGAGAGGGGAGGGGGAACUCUAUCAGAGUCGCUGUACAUACAGCCUGGCCGCUGCUGCAGUUCAUGCCUGAGACCGGAGAAGCCGGCGGAGACGGAGGCUGAGCGAGCGGGAGUUGGGGAGGAAUUAAAGUGAAAAUGGAGAAUUACAGGCGCCUUUCGCCGUUGCACGGGGAGAAUUAACGAAAGUAAACCAACGACCUCCGACGAACCGGGAUUUGUUUUUUCAUCUUUUUUUGUAGCCGAAGAGAAAAGCGCAGCGAUGAAUUGAAGAGGAACUAGCUAGCUACGCUCUGCGCUUUUCACAGCUGCCGUUUUUAACUACCAAGUAUCUGAUGCUGGCUAGCCGCUGCUAGCUAGCUACCUGUGAAAAUUGUUCUGAAUCACCUUUCAACAUUUCCUUCUGCUUGACCUGCUGACAAAAGAUGAUUGAAGAAGGAGGGAAGAGAGGAAAGACGAUGGCGGAGAAGAGGCAGCUGUUUAUGGAGAUGAGGGCUCAGAAUUUUGACGUCAUCCGACUGUCGACAUAUCGGACCGCCUGCAAGCUGAGAUUUGUACAGAAAAGAUGUAACCUUCACCUGGUGGACGUGUGGAACAUGAUCGAGGCGUUCAGGGACAACGGCCUGAACACCCUGGAGCACAACACAGAGAUCAACGUGUCCCGCCUGGAGACCAUCAUCUCCUCCAUCUACUACCAGCUGAACAAGCGGCUGCCCACCACCCACCAGAUCGGCGUGGACCUGUCCAUCAGCCUCCUGCUCAACUUCAUGGUGGCCGCCUACGACAGCGAAGGGCAUGGCAAGCUCACCGUCUUCUCCGUUAAAGCCAUGCUGGCGACCAUGUGCGGUGGAAAGAUCGUGGACAAACUGAGGUACGUUUUCUCGCAGAUCUCGGACUCCAACGGGAUGAUGACCUUCUCCAAGUUCGACCAGUUCCUUCGGGAGGUGCUGAAGCUCCCCACGGCCGUGUUCGAGGGCCCCUCGUUUGGGUACACAGAGCACUCCUUACGCACCUGCUUCCCCCAACAGAAGAAGGUCACGCUGAACAUGUUUUUGGACGCGCUCAUGGCCGACCCCCCCCCACAGUGCCUCGUCUGGCUCCCCCUCAUGCACCGCCUCGCCAACGUGGAAAACGUCUUCCAUCCUGUGGAGUGUUCUUUCUGUCGGAACGAGAGCAUGAUGGGAUUCCGUUACCGUUGCCAACAGUGCCAUAACUACCAGCUCUGCCAGGACUGCUUCUGGCGGGGCCACGCCAGCGGUCCCCAUAGCAACCAGCACCAGAUGAAGGAGCACUCUUCCUGGAAAUCCCCGGCCAAGAAGCUGAGCCACGCCAUCAGCAAGUCGCUGGGCUGCGUCCCCAGCCGGGAGCCCCCCCACCCCGUGUUUCCCGAGCAGCCCGAGAGGCCGCUGGACCUGGCGCACAUCGUUCCUCCACGGCCCAUAGCCAAUAACAUGAACGACACCAUGGUGAUGUCAUCAGGAGCUCCCACCCCAACCAAAAGCCGGUCGCCACGGGGACUGUCCGGCGGUCGCCGGGCGACGGAGGAGCACGCCCUGAUCGCGGCGUACGUGGCUCGCCUGCAGGCCGGGACACGCGCUCUGGACAGCCCGAGCCGAUUGGACGAGGAGCAUCGACUCAUCGCGCGCUACGCUGCUCGCCUGGCGGCCGAGGCCAGCAACACCGCGCAACGCCCCCCGACGGAUCUGGGCUUCAACUUCGACGCCAACAAGCAGCAGAGACAGCUCAUUGCCGAGCUGGAGAACAAAAAUAGAGAGAUCCUGCAGGAGAUCCAGCGGCUGCGUUUGGAGCACGAGCAGGCCUCUCAGCCGACCCCAGAGAAGGCGCAGCAGAACCCCACUCUGCUCGCUGAGCUCCGGCUGCUCAGGCAGAGGAAGGACGAGCUGGAGCAGCGCAUGUCCGCUCUGCAGGAGAGCAGGAGGGAGCUGAUGGUGCAGCUGGAGGGACUCAUGAAACUGCUCAAGGAUGAAGAGCAGAAGCAGGCCGCGCAGGCUGCCAGCCCCCCCCACUCCUCGCCCAGUCACGGCGCCAGCCGGCCCAUGCCCAUGCCCGUGCGCUCCACCUCUGCCGGCUCCACCCCUACCCACGUGCCCCAGGACUCGCUCGCCGGGGUGGGCGGGGACGUGCAGGAAGCCUUCGCUCAGGGUGCGAGGAGAAAUCUCCGCAACGACCUCUUAGUGGCAGCUGACUCCAUCACCAACACCAUGUCGUCCCUGGUGAAGGAGCUGCACUCCGUAGAUAACGGAGGUGAGGAAGAGGAGGAGAACAUGCAGAGCGGGAAGGAUCGGGGUUAAGCAGCGUGGUGCUGAAAUUAAACAUUCUAAGCACAGUGACUGUACAGAAGCAAGCGAUCACUCUGCAAACAGCGCCCCCCACCUCUCCCCCCCCCCCCACAUCCCUCACCAUGACAACAGGCAAAAAUCGUCCAAUCACAGAGGAGCACCCAUGAGUUCUGGGGGGACCCCGUGCAAGGAACCUCCGUCUCCCAGCACGCCCUCGUUCUCCCACACACAGCUGGGAUGGACAGACUACUCUCUCUCUGUCUAGCUCACUCUUCUCUUUCUGUCUCUCUCUCCCUCGCUCUCUCUCUCACUCUGUCUCUCUCGGCCUAGCUCACGCCUCUCUUUCUCUCUGUCUCUCUCUCUGAAUAGCUCACUCUUCUCUCUCUCUGUCUGUCUGUCUGGCUGUCUCUCUCUCUCUCUCUCUCCUGCCAGUGAGACUUUAUUAAUAGUGCAUGCUGUAGUUUUAACCCAGGGUUCUGCCCUGCCUGAGCACUUCUUCACACAGUCAGUGUACCUGUUUUUUUUAUUUUUUUUUUAUUAUUAAUGUUUUUUUUUUGUUUGUUGUUUUUUGAAAUAACGUCUUACUAAGCUCUCGGUCUGUGUGUGUGCGCGAAAUCUCCACGGCGACGGAACUGCUUCCCGCGCUUAGUCUCCCGUGUCCCGUUCAAUCCCAGCAUCCUCCUCUUUCCCCUUUUUCCGACGGGAGAAAGGCCGGAGCGCGUGUCCGCUGUACAUACGGUCGACUGACGAGCCCCGCCCCACACGCGAUGACAUCACCGCCGCCCCGUGCUGCCGUUUCCCGUUUGCAACUUAUUUGUACUGUUCAGAAGUGAUGAGCUUUUGCAUGAACCCGCAGUCCGGUCUGGGCGUCGUUACUACGCCCUCUUUGCUUCGACCUUUGACCCCCCACACCCCGCCUCCCCCCCCCCCCCUUGGCUGCUUUGAGUGUCUCUGUUAUUACCCAUAAUCCACCUCACCUGUGGGUUUGGCUGCUCUGCUGCAGAGGGAGCUUCUCCACGUCGUCUUCUCUUCUCUUCUUUUCGUUUUUGUUUUUGUUUCAUUCGUUCGUUUGUUCGAGAGGACAAGCUCAGUUCCCUUCGGGGGUUCUCGCCACUGCUUUAUGAACGGCGUGUUUUUGGCUUUGACCGGCACGGUACGCUCUACCCCCAGAGCGUUCACCAAACAAACAGACCGUCCUGGGGAACGGUGCCAGACGAGUUUUCCACAAUCUCUCUCGUCCCCUCUGCUCCACGUGAAUCUCUGGCAUCAACGUCGAAGGAUUGUAACUGAAAGGAAUGUUUUAAACUGCAGUGAUUAUCAGUGAUGAUCAUUCAUGUGAUUUGAUCUAGAUUUCCCUUAGACUGCCCACUUACGUCUGCGAACACAAGGACUCCUUUACAGUGGUCGAACCACUUUUCCAGCCAUUAGGUCCAGUCCUGUUAUCACAAAAAAAAAAAACACCUCGCGAAUGAAUUUUCCGUUGGCCAAGUGAAAGCCAAAGCAGAGGUGCAAACAGCGCGUCUGAGUCUGUUUUGCAGCUGAACUCUGGUUGGAGAGCUAGCAUUAGCAUUGGAAGGUGAACUCUGUUUGGAGAGCUAGCAUUAGCAUUUGCAGGUGAACUCUGUUUGGAGCGUUAGCAUUAGCAAUAGCAUUGGCAGGUGAACUCUGGUUGGAGCGUUAGCAAUAGCAUGUGAGCUCUGGUUGGAGUGUUAGCAUUGGCAGCUGAAUUCUGGUUGGACCGUUAGCAUUAGCAUUUGCUGAUGAACUCUGGUUGGACCGUUAGCAUUAGCAUUAGCAGGUGAACUCUGGUUGGAGCGUUAGCAAUAGCAUGUGAGCUCUGGUUGGAGUGUUAGCAUUGGCAGCUGAAUUCUGGUUGGACCGUUAGCAUUAGCAUUUGCUGAUGAACUCUGGUUGGACCGUUAGCAUUAGCAUUUGCAGGUGAACCAGGUGUGAAAACAGCCAGCGCAGCUAAUCGAUGUUGCUCAGUUCACACUGUACGCUAGGUUAGCUCUAACCUGGACAUAGGAAGAACCAAAAAGCUGGCUAUCCGUCGGGGACGGUGGGGGGUGUAUUUCGCUGAAAAAUAAUAACCGUUCUCAUUUUUUGUUCCAUUUUGUUUGUUGAUUUUCAUUUUGGUUUUACGUCGCUUCUCGUCUUUCGAGAUUGGGCCGUGUUUUACACGGAUUUAAAAAGGCAUUUUUGGAAGACCCAAAGAUAAUCUGAAGUACGUCCACUGAAGAGACCU